AUCAUUUUUUUUUUUUUUUUGAGGAAAGGUAAUUAGUAAUGCAUUAGGGAAACUGCCAUACGACAUCUACAUCCAAAUCUUAUCCAAAAGGAUAAGAGUAACAGACAAAGAAAAGAACAAAUUGGAGAAGCAAAGCAAAGUAGACCCGAUGCAUAGGAGGAAGGGAGGUGAAGUCACUCAAGCAACCUGUGGUCAACCGAUCCAGCCAUGGGACACCCUUCAAUUAAUCUACUCCGGAGAGGAUGGCAUGAAAUCUCCAGGACGCCAUGGUAGAGAUCUAGGUCGACGGUGUCCAAAUUUGGAAAAUCAGCGAGCACUUACCACCAGGACGCCAUGGUAGAGAUUUAGGUCGACGGUGUCCAAAUUUGGAAAAUCAACGAGCACUUACCAAGAUCUGCAGGAUAGAGCCGAGGGUCGCCUGAUCUGAAAAACAUAAACUAUACAAGAACACAAAGCAAAACAAAACAACUAGAAAAACAGGAAAACCAAAAGGGAUCAUCGGAAAGGGACCCAAAAGCCGACAGAUUCGGAAGGGUCAUCGGAGGAGGGAGCACAGGGCGGCUCUAGCAUGCUUGAGCAACCGGGAAGCCCGACGGCUCAAGCAUCAAAACCUCGGAAGCUCAAAAGCUUCCGCGCAAAACCAACGCAGCACCAAAGAAGGGAGGCAGAAACAGGAGAGAAGGGAGAGAAAAGGGGGAGAAAAGGGGGAUCCACCAUCUUUUUAAGUUUUUGUAUUUUUGACUUAAAUUAUAAUUUAAAACUUAAAUUAAAAAUCAAUAACCGGUUGAACUGGUUGGAUGAAUUGAUUCAACCAAUUGACUCGGACCUGAUGGUCACAACGGGCCAACCACCGGACCGGGCUCAAAAACAUCGCUCUACCACUUAAACAGAGGAGUACAUGUCUUUGGGGAGCCACCGGAGAGCAUUAUUUCAUUGAUGACAGCUAAUAUGUUAGGCAUUUGGAGGCCUAGGGCCAUCAGACCAAUUCAGUGAGCUUUCUCACUGUCCUUUGUACCAAAAAAAUUUAAGUUUUCGUUUCUUUGAGACAUUGACAUAACGUCUCAGUGAAUGGAUGUGGCAAUCUGUGCAUUGUUCCGUCAAAAUUUAAAUGACGUCAAGUUUGCAUUUUAAUGGUAUAGAAACAAUUGACAUUAUGUGAUGAGAUAAACUGUGUCUUGAUUAUUGAUCAAGCAAUAAUCAAGACAGGUUCCACCAAGAAAAGUUUCAGGAGCUUGAAAGUGCAAU